AUGGCAACAGAAUGUAUAAAAAACUGCUGUAAAUGGUGUUUCUUCGUGGAAAAAGAAAAAAAUGAGUUUUCCAUGGCGCAGGAAUCUGAAGCAGUAGCCGCAAGCAAGCCAACUAUUGUAGAGAAGCCUCCAUUGUCUUCUGUGUCAGUGAAGCGUCAAGUUGGCUGUUCAGAGGAUUAUCUGCUUUCUAAACUGCCCCUGGAUGGUCAUGAGGUACCAUUUGUGGUCCCUCCAUUCAAAUUGGCUUAUGUACAGCCAAAGAACCUUCCUAGUAUCUCACAUGCUGGAAGGAUUCAAGAAUCUGCCAGAGCCUCACUUGGUGACCGGAAAGCAGAACUGCACGGCGUGUACCAGUGGCCCCACUAUGACGUGUACAACCCAUUCUAUUUGGAGCAUCGGAUUUCGCCAGAUCUGAUUAGGCGCUUCCAAGCAAAACCAGAUAAUAGGAAAUUAUAUGGAUCAGUUAGUGAUUUAAGACCUAGUGCUUUGGCUGGAUCAUUUGAUGUAAGUCGUUCAAUGUUUGACCUCAGAAGCCCACCUCAUCGAUUCAUGAAGAGAUAUGAUUCACUCUCCAGUGUACCUAGCAGUACCUCUUCCAGGAAGGAUUCGCAAGGCAGUAACAGGAGUCUGGAUACCAUUACAUUAUCAGGUGAUGAACGAGACUUUGGAAGACUGAAUGUGAAGUUAUGUUAUGUUUCUUCUGUAGAACAGAUUUGGAUCACAGUUUUACAUUGCAAAGACCUGAGCUGGCCUUCUAGCUGUGGGGAAAAUCCUCGUAUCUGUGUCAAAGGAAUUCUCACACUGCCCAAACCAGUGCAGUUCAAAUCUUCUGCCAAGGAAGGGUGCAAUGACAUUGAAUUUAUGGAAACUUUUGUAUUCGCUAUUAAACUGCAAAGCCUGCAUGCUGUCAGAUUGGUAUUUAAAAUCCAGACACAGACUCCCAGGAAAAAAACAAUUGGAGAGUGCUCCUUGGCACUGCGGGAGCUCAACUCAGAGGAGUCAAGUCAUUGGCUGGAUAUAUCUCCUCCUUCCAAAGCACCUGUGUGCCGAGCAGAACUUCAAGUAGGAACUUGUUUUCAAGCAAUAAACAGGAGGAUUCAGUUACAGAUUCUUGAAGCACAAAACCUUCCAGUUUCAUCUACACCGUUGUCUUCAAAUUUCUUUGUGAAAGUUGGAAUGUUUAGUACAGAAGGGCUGAUCUAUAAGAAGAAGACUCGUCUUCUGAAGUCCACUAAUGGCCAAGUAAAGUGGGGCGAAAUGAUGAUUUUUCCAGUUAGCCAAACUGAACAAGGAAUUAGCUUUCUCAUCAAGCUCUACAGCAGAAGCUCAGUGAGAAGAAAACACCUCCUAGGACAGAUCUGGAUAAGUUCUGAUAGCAGUAACCGUGAAGCAGUAGAGCAAUGGAAAGAUACUAUUGCCAACCCUGAAAAAGUUGUUGUUAAAUGGUACAGCAUUGGUCCAUCUUGAGGAAUGGAGAUGAAACUCAGGACAUUUUUCUACAAAGAUAUUCCCAUGUUGUUUGAAAUAGUAUAAACGCAAAGAAAAAUAUUGUCUACAC